AUGCAGCGUAUACAAAUCCAAGAGGUUCUACCUAAAACUGGUCUCGUGUACUCGGAGCGUGGCAAUUUAACUGAAGUACUUUGUAAACCUAAAAUUAUGCCAAUCAAGUCGGCGACGCUUUUGCGUAUUGAAGAGAUUGAUAAACAGGCCCGUGCAGCGGCAAGACCGGCCACAAGUAACACGCUUGGUGGUGAUCUGGAUCGUCACACUACUUCAUCGAGAAAAUGA